GGAAGUCGCGCGAGAGCGGUGGAGGGGAGGGGCGGGACGGAGCGGAGAGCAGAGCGCUGCGGCGGCCGGAGCGAGCGCGGCGGCUGUGCGCUGCUGAGGGGGUGUGACAUGGCUGCGGGCGCCGGACGCUGCGGAGUCAGGUAUUUUUGAGCUGACUUUCUUCCAUGACUACUAAAAGCAAUUAAACCAUGGAUACUUAUACCAGGGCCCGAAGCAGUCAAACAAAGCCUAAAGUGUCAAUGAAAAAGGAUUUCACUGAUGGUGUACUACGCUCUGUGAAAUCAUUGCUGCAGAGCAGAAAAGAAUUAUGUAACGUGUCCGCUGAAGACUGUUUAAGGCAGGAGGAACAGGACAAUUUUAUUGAGAUCACAUUUCUAGGUUUUGCUGGAGAGACAGAUGCUGCUCAUAUGCAGGAAUUGGCUGCUGUUUCUGUAGAGCUCCCAGAUGUUCUGAAAUCACUCCAUUUCUGUAGUCUAAAUGAAAAUGAAGUUAUUUUUCUAAAGGAUAUAAAUAAACCCAUGGAAACCAGCGAUGUCUCUAAACAUCAGAAUCACCUUUCUGGAGUGCUUUGUGUGAUGAGCUUGUCUCCUUCGUUCCCAAGGAUCAAAGUUGAUUCUGUAUUUACCUUACUGAGUAAAUAUGCUACUGGUGUAAGAUAUACAAUGGAAGUAUACUCAUUACAGAAACAUGAAACAGAGAUGUCCCAUGCAGAGGAUGAUGACACUAAUCAGUCGGUGUCUUCAAUUGAGGAUGAUUUUGUCACUGCUUUUGAGCAUUUAGAUGAGGAUGAACCUUCAAAGAUACAAAAUGCUGGUACAACCUAUACUACUAAGAAUCACCGGGAUGCUGCUUCACAGACCAUCCCUGCUCAUUGUUUAGAAGCUAUUGACUCAAAGAUCAUUGUGAGCUCUGGGCGUCGAAAAUCAUCUGCCAAAUCUUCUGCUUCUCUGAUAAAUAUCUUGGGACUUAAAGAACUGUCUUCAUCUGUAAAGAAUUCAGUCACAACCUCUAUUUCUGAUCCUUGGAUACAGAGGAGUUUUUACAAGCCAUGUAAUUCCUCUGAUCAACAUGUUAAUGUUUUGCAUAAAACAUUGUUUUCUUCCUCUCCUGCUGAAUCAUCUGAGUCAGAUUGCUCCAGCCCUAGCCCUGUUAUCUUCUUAGAUGAGGAAGGGUAUCAAAAAAGCUUGAAGGCAAAACUUCAGCUACCAAAAAUUCCAGUAGUGAAAGAUGGUAUAGAGGACUCAGACUCAGAAGUAAGUGAAUUUUUUGAUAGUUUUGAUCAGUUUGAUGAACUGGAACAGACUCUGGAAAGUACUUGUAAACUUAUAAGGGAUCCCAUCCUUGGUAAUCCACCCCAGAAGAGAAAGCUUGCCCUUGAACAAUUGUAUUCUAAAACUACUACUAUGAAUCCUCAAAAAUUCAAGUUUGAUCGUCCCACUCUUCCAGCCAAUGUAAGGAAGCCAACUCCUCGUAAACCAGAAUCGCCCUAUAGCAGCCUCUUUGAUGUUCCAGACUCCCCUCGGCCAGUGAAAACAGGAGAAGACAAUGGAAGUUUGUUCAGCCCUAUAAGAUCAUCAGCUUUCAGCCCACUAGGGAGCUGUGCUUCAACUGAAUGUCUUUGUCGGAUGGAUAUCUAUGGAGAUGGGCUUAAUCAAAAUCAUGAUGCACUUUAUAAUGAAUAUUCAGAUUAUGCAAACAGUGUUUCAUUUGAAAUACUGGGUUCUGUUUUUCCUUCUCCGUCUACAUCACUACAGAAACAUGCUGAAAACAUUUCCAGCCUUAAUAGGAUUGUCUCAAAAGAGGGAAAAGGUCAAAACGCAGAACUCCAGAGGAAAACUUCUGACAAGGAGCCAGAUAAGAAAAUUAAAUCUAAACACAAAUCACUAAUGAUUAAAGACAGCGUACAAAAAUUUGCAACAGAACUGGUUGAAAAAAGUUUUGGUAGUGCAUUUAAAGACUUACAAAAAGGAGUUUCUUCAUGCACCAAUGCACUGUGUCACUUGGCUGCUAGAUUGACUUCUUCAGUCUUUCAAAUGGCUUUUUAUGAGAUAGGAAGGCGGCGAGCCUUGUCACUGAAGGAACGUGCCAUUAAUGGACUAGCAAGCUUUAUGGUCAGUGAAGCUAUAACAAGUGCUUUAAAAGAAAUGCGAUACGUAAAGAAACAAAUAUUUACUAACACAGUUGCAAGAUUUGCAGCAGACCUCACUGAGGAACUUAUUUUUGAGGGAAUCAUGGAAGUCUGCCAGUUUUCACAUCCAUCAACACCAACGACUGCACAGGACUGGCCCUUUGAUUAUGAAGACAAAGUAGUGAGAUCAUAUGCCAAAGAUUUGUCUGAAUCUGUCAUUCAGGAAGCUUUCAUUGAAUUGUCCCAGGUUGAUGUUACCUUCACAACGAAAGCAGCAAUUAGUGUUUCCAUGGACAACAUAAAAUAUGUAAGUGCAGAAAGUACAUUGCAGUCAACACAGACUACCACUACUUUUCCUAAUUUUCAUGAUAAUGCACUUUUAGCAUUGAAUCCAAUACAAGAAACUGGAAAAGAAUAUACUGUACAACAAGCCUUGUUUUGUACUUCUGGUGUUGUAAGUUCAAUACCAGUGCCCUUAGCUGGAACAGCACUUUGUCAACAUCAGACUUCAUCUGAUGUUUAUAAGGCAAAAGUAUGGACUUGUCCGACAGCAGAUGGCAGUCUGAAAAUGUACAAAGACGCUACACAGCCAUAUUUUACAACAAAAAAGAGAGAAGAGGAAGUGGCUUCUCUUAGAAAUAUUUACCUGACUGCAGAUCACAGUGAAAGUAGUGCGCAAUGUUUUUUUAACCAGAAUGAUUUCAAACAAACAAACAAUCCUGGAGUGAAUAAUAUUUCAGAUUUAACAACUGGGCCAACAAGCAUCAACAGUUUCUCUGGAACAAUGGUAGAUAUGAUAGUAAAUGAGGCGUAUGAAGCAAUAACCUCAUCCGGGGUUACCAAAACAGUGGAGGAAUAUACAGAUUUUGUAACUAGAAAAACACCUCGUUGUCAGUGUGUUGGUGGAGAUAUCCCUAAGAAUACUUUUGCUGAUCAUUUGUCCAAGUAUAUUGUAAAACAUUCUGUAGAUGAAACUAAAUCAAUAUUCUCUCACACACACGAGACUGUAGAAUGUAAUGGAGGCUUACAGAUAAACACAGAUAACUGUAAAAAAGAACUGCGUAGUGCAGUAAAGAAACAAGAAUCUGAGAAACACAGAUUUGUUCCUAUAAUUGUGGAACCGCAACAGCUGCCUCUGAAUAACCCACCUAAUUUUCUUGUUACGUCAGUUGACUCUGCUCAGUGUUUACUUUCAGUGCCUAAAGAUUGUGUUCAGGAACGUAAAGGAAAUGAAGUACGUAGGUUUUCUUCAAGCACUCCACCGCCUUGUCCUACUGAGACUCUCGCUAGGUGUAAUGUAGAAGAGUUUACUGAUUCAGGAAGCUGUUCAAUAAAAUCCCAAAGUAAACUAUUGAAAAAACAUGAUAUGCAAGAAACAACGCUAGCUCCUUCAGCUUUUGGGCAGGAGAGCUGUUUUCUACGUGCAAGUAACCUUUCUUUGGUGAUGUUUGGCUGUGAAGAUUCUUUGCAGAUGGAAGAUAAAUCAAGCAUUAGAGAUGGAAAUGUCUGUGCAGUACCUGGUACACCACCACCAACUCCUUUAGUACCAUCUCAGACUAGUUCUGAAUGGAACCUAAGGAAGCUAACCAAGAAACUCAAGGGAGAAUUAGCAAAGGAGUUUGCACCUGCGACACCACCUUCUACACCUUAUAACUCAUCUGCUGCUGCCUUGUCUGCAACUGAACAUAACUCCUUGGAAAAGGAAGAGUUUAUGCUGAAACUCAUGCGAUCACUUUCUGAAGAAGUUGAAAGCAGUGAAGACGAAGAACACUCUGAAAUGCUUGUGGAGAAAACUGAACAUUCAGAGAAAACUGUACAGUAUGCUGAUCAUUUAGCUGGUCAUAUCAUUUCUAUGGCAACUGAAAUGGCUGCUUCCCAUUUAGAUGAUAAAACAAUUAAAAGAGAAUCUGACAAACACUGCCAAUUAAAUGCACAAAACAAAAUAUGUGGGUAUACUGCCUUUAUAAAUAUCCCAGAAGAAACUUUACAUUCGUUGUGGAAUUAUGCAGGUGAUAUGGCUGGAAAGGUUAUCAGUGAGGCUAAGAAGAUGAUAAAAUCAAGGCAUUGCAAGCUGCUGAGGUUGAAGCGGGUUAACUGUCAUGUAGAUUGUCUUUCUCUCAGAAAAGAUGAUAGAGACUGUAGGUCAAAAGAGAGGUGGUGUCCAGUAGUAAACCAGUGGUCCAGAGAGGUAGAUUCAUCCGUACUUUCUUUACCUCAGAAUUUAGGAACAACCGGUCUGACUUACAGGUAUCCAAGCUGUGAGAGCGUGACCGAUGAAUAUGCAGAUCACAUCAUUCGAGUUCUGAAAAGGGAAGGUGGCAACAGUGAGUUAAUAAUGGAUCAGUAUGCUAGUAGACUUGCUUAUAGAUCUAUAAAAUCAGGCCUACAACAAGCUGCCAGGAAAAUCAAACUGACAUACAACAGAAGAAUAUUUCCUGUACAGAACACACAGGUAAAUGGUAGGCUUGAGCUGUUCAAAAUAUUGAACAAAGAUAUGGAUACAAAAUGGCAAAUGAAAAGUGGUGUUCAUAGGUGUGGAGGCCAAGCCUGUGAAAUAAACAAUGUACACAGAACUGAAGGUACAGAAUUGUUACAUUUUUCUGAAUCCCUUGCUCAUCGUAUAACAUGUGAUGUCAGAAGAAAACUGAAAAUGUCAGCAGUUUGCUUGCCAAAAUCCUUAACAGAUUCCUGUCUGUAUAGAAAAUCUAAAUUUGAUGAAGCCACAGGGGACCGCCUUAAAACAACACUUUCUAAAACAGUUCUUCCUUUCUCACAAAAACAUAAACUGUAUCAUAGCACAGGCAAUUUAAAUGAAUAUGGCUACCGAGAAGGCAUCAUUCAAGCUAUAGAAGAGUAUGCUAGAAAAGUAGUGGAUGACACCUUAGAAAUGAGUUUGGAGUCUGCUGUUCUCCAAGCUGCUGAAAACAGGAAAAAUGGGGAUAGAUUCACUUACACAGAAAAGUUGUCUCCAUUUUCUGGAACGGCCUGCAGAUACUGUAGUAUGAAGGAAUAUCAGUAUUGUACUGGAAGUUCAUCUCCACAUCUGCCUGGACAAGAACCCCUCCCUAGAAUCAGGCAGAUCCCCAAUUCAGGGUUGGGUGGUGUCUGUCAAAAAUCAAGAAUUUUUCACCUUGAUAUUCCCAAAAUUCACAUUGACAUGGAACAGAAGACAGUAUUUUCUGAGAAGGUGGUUGGUGCAGCUAUUGAGAAAGCAGAGAGAGAGCUGAGCAACACAAGUCUGACAGCUGAUAGUGGUAUUGGACAUGGUGGAGUCAGCUUUGCUGAAAGCCUUACUACAGAAAUAAUGACUUCAGCUAUGACUAAUAUUGGUCAGGCUGUUAACAUAAGCUCUAUGGGAAGAGAAGGAUUUCACUCAGCUGAAUCUAUAGUUAGCCAGCAGAUGAGUCUCAGUAUUGGUGAUGAUAGCACUGGCAGCUGGUCCAAUCUAAGCUUUGAAGAUGAACAUCCCGAUGAGAGCAGCAGUUUCCUUCACCUCAGUGACAGUUCAGCUCUGUUCUCUUCUUCCCCUGGCAGUAAUGGUAACAGCAGUAGCUGGAGCAGUCUUGGUUUAGAAGGAGAUAUGUAUGAGGAGAAUUUAUCCUUUCCAACAUCAGACAGUGAUGGAACAGAAGAUAAAGAUGAAGACCCCAAGAAUGUUGUAGAAGUACACACACAGCAAUGGAAACAGCCUUCCAAGGGGAGCAGUGGGACCAAAAAACGCAAGUUUCAAAAUUGAGCUUGAUAAGUUUAUGGAGGGGGUGUUAUGAUGUCUACAGUGGCAUGUGGUCCAUCUGUGACUGCUAGUAGCAAAUAUCCGCAAUGGCCAGAGACAGGACACCAAAUGGGGAGGGCUCUGAGUUACUACAUAGAAUUCUUUCCCAGGUGUCUGGCUGGUCAGUCUUGCCGACAUGCUCAGGGUCCAGCUGAUGACCAUGUCGGAGUUUGAAAGAAUUUUGGGUCAGAUUGGCAGAGACCCUGCCUUCCUCUGCAGCCUGGGGCACAGAUCUUUUGCUGAUUUAAGCUUGAGUAAAUGGUGGAUUCUCUGUAACAUAAAGUCUUUAAAUCAUUUUGAGAACUUCAGUAACUCAACCAGAGGAUAUAGGUCUGUUACAGCAGUAGGUGGGUAAGAUUCUGUGAUGUGCAGGAGAUUAGACUAGAUGAUCAUGUCAGUCUCUUCUGGCCUUAAAAUCUAUAGGUCUGUGAGCCCUAUGUGGGCCUGAUGAAGGGGGAGCUGGUUAUGAUAUCUCUGUGUCAGCUGACAUUCCCAUAUAUUGGGAAGAUGUUUUAGAUGGGACCACAAGGAGUUUGCUGACUGACAAGGCCUCUGAAGUAUGAAAGAAUAAACCUCUAGUUAACUCUUCCCACUAGGGAGUGAAUUUUGCUGCACAACUUCAGUGCCUUGAUGUGGGGAAACAUACUUUCUGAUGUGGAAUACAACCACGGUCUUUUGAAAAAAUAAUUUAGUAGAUGUUAAGGAAAAGCAAAGAAAGUUUGGCUUGCCAUUAAGCAUCUGCAAGAAUCUGAGGGAGAUGAUUGACUAAAUUAAUCCUGCUUCUCCUGUCUUUAUCUACACAAUUAUCUUUUUAAUAGCUAAUACCUUUUGUGUAAUGUAAUCAAAUUAUAUUCUGCUCUGUAGGUAUACUGCAGUGCCUUCAAUAUUAAAUUGUUAGCUUUCCUUGUGUUUCCUACUUGAUUGAAAGAGCUUUAAAUUGUAGCAUCCACCAAGUGGCUAUAAGUAAAACAGUUCUUGAUCUUUAACUUUUCACACAAUUCCAAAAUGUUUUCUAGAGUUUAAUAUAUUACUCUUUUAUUAUGGAAUUUUGUGGUCCAUUUUUCUAGUGCAGCUAUUUCCAUUUUAUCGACUUAUCCACUCAUCAUUCAAUGGAGAGAAUUGUUGUUUCUUAUCAUUUUAUUGCUUGCGUUCUGGUAUCACCCAAAGACCACAAUCAGGAUUGUGACCCUUUGUGCAUGCUGAGCAAACACACAGGUAGGAUAACCCCUGUCCUGAAGAACAUUAGAGUAUGUCACAGUAUGGACAGAAAAAUACAUACUCUGCAUUCAUUUGGUAGCUAAGUGUGAAACAAAUAUAAUGCAAAGUGUAUUCAGUUUUCCUAAUGUCUGUUCCAUCUUUCAGAAUUUAUUGUUAAUUUAUCUGUUUAGCUAAAUCAGUUCUAAUUGUUCUGUUGUGUGGUUAGACUUUAUUAUGCUAUCAGAGAAUGACCACUUGUGAAGAGAUCAUGAUUACCCUUUAUCUGUCUGGGUAUUCAUCCUGCUUUGAGCAGGGGGUUGGACUAGAUGACGACCUGAGGUCCCUUCCAACCCUGAUAUUCUAUGAUUCUAUGUCAGUCACUAGUUCUGUCUUCUCUAAACUAAGAGAUGGGUGAGGUAAUAUCUUUUGUUGGACCAACUUCUGUGGAUGAAAGAGAGCCGCUUUCAAGCUUAUGCAGACCUCUUCUUCUGGUCAGAACUCUGUGUUAGCUCAAAAGCUUGUCUUUCUCACCAACAGAAGUUGGUUCAAUAAAAAAAUAUCACCUCACCCACUUUCCAAUGUGCUGGGGAGUGCUUGACCCCAGACCCCACCCGCACUCCUGUCCUUCCUCCCCCAAGGUCCCCACCUCAUCUCUUCCCACCCUUGCUCCACCCCCACCCACUU